AUGGCGCGACGGCAGCAUGUGACACUGACGGUUCUGGCGGUUACGGUGUUUCUAAGCCUCGUGUACUUCAUGAGUGGCAGCCGAUCCAAGGCCGACUAUGGUUACGAGACAACCCACAACGACGUCUUCGAUCCCUCCGACUAUGACACUCUCGCCGAGACCCCGAGCGGCAGCGACGGCCUUGUCGAUGCAAGCAAGCCGUCCUUGGAUAUUUCCGAUCGCAUUCUCACGGGCGGAUCCAUUGCGCCAAAACUCGCCAAUGCUACGGCAAAAGCCGAACUCGGCCGAGCAUCCUGGAAACUCCUGCACACGAUGAUGGCACGCUUCCCCGAGAAGCCCUCCGACGACGACAGCCUAGCACUCAAGACAUACAUCCAGCUAUUCGCGCGGCUGUAUCCGUGCGGCGAGUGCGCCGCACACUUCCAGAAGCUGCUGCGUAAAUACCCGCCACAAACGAGUAGCCGCAAUGCCGCCGCGGGAUGGGCUUGCUUUGUGCACAACCAGGUCAAUAAGAGGCUGAAGAAGGAGGAGUUUGAUUGUAAUAAUAUCGGUGACUUUUAUGAUUGUGGGUGUGGGGACGAGGAAGGGAAGGGUAACGGGAAGGGCGAAGGACAGGGCGAGGGCGAGAAGAAGGGAGAGGGAGAGGGUCAGAACAAGGAUGGCAUCCAUCUGGAUAUGGACCGGUUGAAGAAAGGCGAGGUCAAUAUGGCGGUGACUUUCAAAGACGGUGUUAUCCUCGGGGCGGACUCACGUACAACAACAGGCGCAUACAUCGCGAACCGGGUAACAGACAAGUUGACACGGGUACACGACACCAUCUGGUGCUGCCGCUCCGGGUCCGCCGCCGACACACAAGCAGUUGCCGACAUUGUUAAGUACCAACUCGAACUGUUCUCCAUGAUGAACGGCAAGGCCCCCACCACACAAACCGCCGGCGCCAUCUUCCAAGAGAUUUGCUACGCCAACAAGGACCGGUUGUCGGCGGGUCUCAUUAUCGCAGGCUGGGAUGAACGGCACGGAGGGCAGGUGUACAGCAUCCCACUCGGCGGGUCGCUUCACAAGCAACCGUACUCGAUCGGCGGGUCCGGUUCGACAUACAUCUACGGUUUCUGCGAUGCCAACUGGCGCGAGGGGAUGGAGGAGGCCGAGGCUGUUAACUUCGUGAAGGAGGCUCUGAAGGAGGCCAUCAAGUGGGACGGCAGUUCCGGCGGUGUCAUUCGUAUGGUGGUGCUCACGGCUAAGGGGGCGGACAGGCACUUGUACCUCCCGGACACAGAUUACAAGGUGCGGUAUCAGUGA